AUGAGCGUGGAUGCAAUCGGAAGCCCCGUGAUGGACCCUACGUUUUCCAAACGGAACACGGCGCUGAGAUUAGUUGACUUGGCGGGGGCUCACCACCAUCACCAUCAUCACCACCAUACCCCUCAGAGCGUGACAGGCUUCCCGGGGUUCAGCAGCCAUCCACACUCAAUGGCUCACUCGCACCCUGGGGAGAUUACUGCGGAACCCCGCCUGGGGCCGAGUCCAUUCGGGCCAGAACACAUGGGGCACUCCGCGGCCCUCAAAAUCAGCCCAGCCCAUCAUUAUCCCCACCACCAUCACCACCACCACAAUCAUCAUAUGGCAGGCCACAGUGAAGUGGUCUCCAGUCAAACGGGAGCUUUUGGUCCGGUUCAGGCGACAUCGGUCCCCUAUUCUAUGUCUCACACGGCCCAGGCUUUAUCCGCAGGUAGGGAUUUCUUCAUCCGGAGAGAUCUGACAGCUCAAGCCAUGCCAGUACUGACUGACCAGACUGCUGGUUCAGCCUCUCACCACGGAAUGUUUGUCUCAACAACAGGUAGCUAUACCGGACACUAUGGUCAUCAUCCUGACGCUGGGAACCAUACCCUCUUCUCCGGACUCCAUCACGACCAGCCUUCUAGCGGAUCACCGGGUGGCCAAGCGUUGAAUGGACAAAUAAGGUUAGGACUACCUGGAGAAAUGUAUGUUAGGUCUGAUCACUUGAGUCAAGUGGCAAGCUCCAGGGCUGAUCCGUUCUCCGCCUCGCCUUUGAAUGGCUACGGUGGUCUGAAUCUGAACAUGAAUCUUAGCGCUCACCACCACCACGGAGCCGGUGCUUUUUUCCGCUACAUGAGGCAGCCGAUAAAGCAAGAGCUGAUCUGCAAGUGGCUGGAGCCGGAGCACUCAACGAAGAAACUUUGCUCCAAAACUUACAGCACCAUGCACGAACUCGUUACGCAUGUGACGGUGGAGCACGUUGGAGGACCAGAGCAGGCGAACCAUAUAUGUUUUUGGGAAGAGUGUCCGAGGGAAGGAAAACCAUUUAAAGCAAAGUACAAACUUGUAAAUCACAUUCGAGUGCACACCGGGGAGAAACCGUUUCCAUGCCCAUUCCCUGGCUGUGGGAAAGUGUUUGCAAGAUCCGAGAAUCUUAAGAUUCACAAAAGGACGCACACAGGUGAGAAGCCCUUCAAAUGUGAGUUUGACGGCUGCGACAGACGCUUCGCCAACAGCAGUGACCGGAAAAAGCACUCCCACGUUCACACCAGCGAUAAGCCCUACAACUGCAAAGUGAGAGGCUGCGAUAAGUCCUACACACACCCCAGUUCCCUGAGGAAACACAUGAAGGUGCACUGUAAGUCCCCCCCGCCCAGUUCGGGCUACGAGUCGUCCACCCCGUCCCUGGUCUCCCCCUCCUCAGACUUGGGCCGGGAGCCAGGGGGCUCCUCGGUGCUUUCGGAGCCGGUGGGAGCCUCCCAGCCUGCGAAUUUAAGCGAAUGGUACGUAUGCCACAGUUCUGGUGCCAGCGGCGCCCAAACACCACCCAGCGGGCCCUCCACGCCCGACCCCACAGACGAGCCACCUUACAGAAACCCAGAACCGAGGACCGCGUUUUAA